UCUCUCUCAGAUAUUUCUCUGAUUUCCUCUCUUCAUCUCUCCAUGUGCCCCUCCCCCAUCUUAAUUAUAAACCCAUGUUGAUCCCCAAUCCCAACAUUUCAAUUUCAUGCAUUUCCUCUCUCUCUCUCUCUCUCUCUCUCUCAUCUCUGCUGAUCACUGUUCUCAUUUUUGUUUGCUUCCCUUUGUAAUUUUCUUCCUUCCAAGCCCUCUCAAUGGAACCUCAACAAACCCAACAACAACCAAAUGAAGAUGGCAGCAACAAAGGGACUAGUGGUACUAAUUUUCUGUGCAGGCAAAGCAGUACAAGGUGGACACCCACAAGUGAUCAGAUUAGAAUAUUGAAGGACCUUUACUACAACAAUGGUGUGAGGUCCCCAAGUGCAGAGCAGAUUCAGAGGAUCUCUGCUCGGCUGAGACAGUACGGCAAGAUUGAAGGCAAGAACGUUUUCUAUUGGUUUCAGAACCACAAGGCUCGUGAGAGGCAGAAGAAAAGGUUCAUUGAUGUACCAGCCCCACCCAUCAUGCAAAGAUCAGGGCUUGGGAUUAAUAAUAAUGCUCCUACUGCUUAUGAACCCAUUAAUCACAGCAACAAGUACCCCAACAUUUCUGCUUCUGCUGGGGUUUCUUCUGCAUCUGCUUCUUCAGCUGGUGUGAUUGCUGUUGGGCAAAUGGGGAGCUAUGGCUAUGGAUCUAUGACCAUGGAGAAGAGUUUUAGGGACUGCUCAAUAUCAGCUGCAGGAGGUACUAGUAGUGGUCAUGUUGGUGGAUCUAAUAAUAAUAUUGGUCACAACGUUGGAUCAUGGGUUGGUGUUGAUCCAUAUUCUUCACCCUACACUCUCUUUGACAAGAGAUCAUCAUCAAGACAAGUGUUUGGUGACCAAGAAAAUAUGAUGGAUGAAGAAGAUCAUGAAUACCAAGAAAACCUGCAAGAUUCCCCAGAGAUUGAGACCCUCCCUCUCUUCCCCAUGCAUGGUGAAGACAUCCAUGGCUUUGGCAACAUCAAGUCCACCUCCGACAGCUACUACUCCGGCUGGUACCGCUCCGACGAGGGCAACAAUGGCCGCACUUCCCUUGAGCUCAGCCUCAAUUCCUACGGCCACAUGACCCCUGAUUAUUUCAGCUCAUAUUAAUCAAGACCAGACUAAUUAAUUAGUAUACCCAUGUUAAUGUUUAUGAUCUUAUAUCAGCUUGUAAGUAUUUGAAUGGCUACUACUAAUUAUGUUUGCUUAACUACUAUA